AAUAUUUGAAGUGGUUGCACAUUGCAUCAGUCGGUAGAUACAUCGUGAACAUCACAUUUAUCAUUUUACUUAAUUAGUUUUCUUUGACCAGUGUCUUAUUUUCAAUAGAUUUCUCGAGAAUAUACUUUAGUCGGUGUUAAACACACGAAGAGAUUCUUCUUGAUUUGUUAAGUGGAUUAUCCAGUAAUAUAACACAAAAAACGGUAAAUUGUAAAGUUGAAUAAUUGAAAAAAUGGUUGACGAAAUUAAUGAAAACGAAUAUUUACAUAUGGAUUCAUUGAUAAAGGUUAUUAAUAAGCUACAGGAGGUAUUUUCUGUAAUCGGUAAACAUGAAAUUAGUUUACCUCAAAUCGUUGUGGUUGGAACUCAAAGUUCAGGAAAAAGUUCGGUCCUAGAAAGUUUGGUAGGGAGAUCUUUUUUGCCACGCGGUACGGGAAUUGUUACUCGAGCACCACUAGUGCUGCAAAUGAUUAAGUAUUCUGAAGAAGAUUUUAAAAAUAUGAUUGAAAAAACAGAAAUCGACAAUAUUAAACAAUGGGCUAUAUUCAGCCAUAGACCUGAUGAAAUAUUUUACGAUUUUGAUAAAGUUCGAGAAGAGAUCGAAACUAGAACAGAUAUAUUGGCUGGUUCGUUUAAAGGAAUAACUCAUAAACAAAUCAUAUUAAAAGUAUACACAAAUAAGUUUGACUUAACAUUUGUCGACUUACCAGGAUUAACCAAAGUUCCAGUCGGUGAUCAACCCGAGGAUAUUGAUGAACAAAUACAAGAGCUUGUGCACUUCUACGUUAACCAAGAAAACACGAUUAUAUUGGCAGUAGUAACGGCUAACACGGAUCCAUCGACUAGUGAAAGUUUAAAAAUCGCUAGAAAAGUAGAUCCAGAAGGGCACAGGACUAUCGCUGUCGUAACUAAACUCGAUUUAAUUGACAAGGGUACGUUACAAGAUACAGCGGAUUUACUUUGCGGUCAAAAAAUUCCUGUGAAGUUAGGUAUCAUCGGAGUUGUUAAUAGGAGCCAAGCUGAUAUAAAUGAUAAUAAAUCGUUAAAAUAUGCUAUUAAAGAUGAAGAAAAAUUUUUAAAAAAAAAUUACCCUGAAAUAUGCCAAUUCAAUGGCAAUAAAGCCUUAGCUAACCUUUUACAGCGGGUUUUAAUGUCGCAUAUUAAGAAAACAUAUCCAUUAUUAAAAGAAAAAUUGGAAGUAACUAAAUUACGGCUAGAAAACGAAUUAAAAGUUAUUAAAUCACCUGAUAGUAAAGCAUGCUUUGUUAUUGAGUUAAUAAAAGACGUCACCAAAUCAUUUGCAGAUACAAUAAAUGGAAAUAGAAAAGAUGUAACAGACAAAGAAAUAGUAGGCGGUGCGAAAAUUGUUGAUCUUAUUAACAAAGAAUACUUACAUAAAAUUGAUAAGUUUAAUCCUUUACAAGAUUUAGAUGAACAACAGAUCGCAAAUAUUCUACUAAAUUCAUCAGGAACUCAUAAAUGUUCUAUUAUAAGUGAAAAAGCAUUAAGAAUAUUAAUUAGUCGACAGCUUAAACUAUUAAUAAAACCAUCAUUAUAUUGUGUGGACUUAGUACGUAGUGAGGUGUUCAACAUAUUCGAAUCAAUCAAUGAACAAAUUACGGAAAAAAUCAAGAGAUUCCCGAAACUUUACAUAGAUAUACAAAACAAGCUGAAUGAAAUGCUUGAUGAUAGAGUGGAUGAAAUCAAAUGUUUUAUUGAAAGUAUGAUAGAAACUUAUCAAUUUUCCAUUAACAUAACAAACCCGGAUUUCCUGUCGGAGUUGUUAAAAUCAUCAGAUAUUUUGGAAGUCGCUUCAACGACAAAUUUUACUAAAGAUCCUGAAAUAUUUUAUGAGAAUAAUCAUGCUGACAGUCAAUAUAUAAAACAACCUGUAUCAUACAAAGAUAACAAAUUAAUAAUCAAGCAUUCAGACAAGCAUAAAAAACAAUUGCUUACACAAAUUUUUUCUGGUGUAAAUGAGCUAGAUGAUAACAUGAAAACGUCAAAGCAAGUUAAAUUUAAUAGUGAAGUGAUAAAAUAUUACUUUUUAUUUGUAAAAAAAAUUGUUGCGGAUUUCGUACCCAAACGUAUACAACAUAAGAUGGUCGAUUUUAUAGUUGAAGAAUUUGAAAAUUACUUAAUAAAAAAUUUAUUUGAACCAUGUAUGGAAGAACAAAAGUUUAAUGAAAUAUUAGAAGAAGAUCCAAACGUGACUAAAUUAAGAAUAAAGUCAAAAACAACAUUAAAAGCUAUAAAUAAAGCUUUGAUCACAAUGGGUGAAGUUCAAUACUUUACUAUUUAACUUUUAAAUUUUUAUCAUAACUUAUAAUUACUAAGUAAUGAUUUUAUAUUUGUGGCA